AUGCCGACGCUACACGGACCCGUUCUGUUCGUCAGGCCCGGUGCUUACCAAGAGCUGAAACCGUUCCCGAAAAACGCCGCUGGUUCGUGUAGCAAUUUAUUGGGUUGCAACACAAUUUGUAGUUCCGUCGAAGACCAUCAUGUACAGAAACCACACAUUGUUUCCAGCUUCAGAGUUAACUUUACCAGAGUCAGCCAUUAUCUUCAGAGAAGCUUAAAUGAGAGAACUACACGGCACUGGCUGCAUCGGUUUCAUGUUAAUGCUUCAUCGGACGAGGACUUCCGCUCGUCGCGUAAUAUAGCAACCAGCCUGUUCAAGCAGUAUAAGAAUGUCAUUGAUCGAGGAGGUGGAGAUAACAUAAAAGGGUUUGUUAGUGCUGGGGUGCAAGCAUAUGCCCUAGGCUGUACAGAAGAGGGGCUUAGAAAGGAACUUAUGGAUAUAAAAAAUUCUGGUGUCAAGAUCGAAGGCCUGCAAUCCUAUGGAGGAACAAGCUUGAGCUUCAAAGUUCGUUCUUUUGAGUAUAGUGUUCAUUACAAUCUUGUGCACGCCACAGCCGACGGUCAUCAGGUGGUCUACCACCCCACCGGUGUCGGCGGAUGUCUUGCAUCAGUGGAAAGGAUUUUGUGCCCUGAUAGCAAACGCUUACUACACCAAGGGCAUGGCAUGGCUACCAGUGAAAACAUUGCAGCUGGAACAGAUGGCUGUGACAGGCAGUUCGGAGGAGCCAUCGCUAGUAGCAAGUCGGAUGCAGUUAGUUUUCAGUACAUUAGAGGUAGUCAGCCCCCAAUGGCCAAGAGUGUGAUGGAGGGAAGAGCAAGCAAUAUGAUCAUACAAAGGCCUGCAAGUCUACAGAACCCAUGCCACAUCCAAAGCCAGGGACGAUUCUUCUUUCUCUAA